AUGGGAUUCAUCCUCGGACGAAGUCUGGAUGGAAGUUUCAGGAGGCCUAGAUCUGCUGCAUCCUUACCUACUAAAUCCAGCUCUUCAAGCAAGUUCAUUCCAACUUCAAAAAGGGUUUAUAAAGUGCUCAAAGAUUAUGCAGCAAAACUUGUUGACCUCAACUUAUUUACACAAUGUGUUGAAGACUGGGUCCUGGAAAACUUACAUACUGAUAGUUACAACCAUGAGCAGUAUUCUAACACUCCCUUUCAAAUUGAUGAGCUCUGUACCCUCGAUUUUGCAUUGGAGGGGGUGCUAUUUCAACAGCUAUUCCGCAUGCCUUGCUCGCCACAUAUUUCUGAAGAUCAUAUAGAGGAUGAACUUCUGGCUCUUGAAGAUUUUCUACAUACAGUGGCAGAUGGAUUAUGGCAUACCUUUUGGCACAAAAAAGCCCUUGCCCUUUUUUGUAUCUUUUCCUCGCUAUCCUGGAUCCAAGUUCUAUUCCGUUGA